CUUAUUAUAUUAAGCCGCAUUUAUGUGAACUCUGUAAAACAAUAAUAUUAUAAGUUUCAUUUCUUCUUAACAAUGGAGGCAGAACUUGAAGUGAGUAGGGCAGAGUACUAUCAUUAUCAGUAGUACUUCUUUAUAUCUGCAUUCCUCUUCUUGCAAGCAUUGGAUCAGAUUCCAAAAGAAAACAGAGAGAAGAAGAAGAGCAUUGUGGGUGUUUUAAUGGAGAAAGAGAUUUACAGAAGACAACUUUCAAGAGAAGGGAUAGGAUGUGUUUGGAUGUUUAUGAACAGCAUGUUUGAUUUCAGACAUGGUGGAUCUAUCCAUAAGCUUUUGAUGGAUAAGAAACGUGGCAGCAAAAGAAUUAUAGUUGUUGAGACUAAGGUGGAGAAGCACCUUACCUGUGACUCUGACUUUGAGGAGAGUGAAGCUGAAAUGCAGAGUGUCAAGAACCUCACUGAAGAGGAGACUCAACAAAAGUGUGAUACAGAAUGCAGAGGAAAGACAAAGGAGAAGAAGAGAAGCAGAACAUGCAGCAAAACCAACAGUGAGGAUGUUAAUGAUCAUGCAGACAAGAAACCAUAUGAUCAUCAGAGUGAUGAUGCUGAUUCAAUAAAUGAUGAUGAUUCAGAAGAGAAGUUCAGCGAGUUGAUAAAACGGUUGAUAGCUCAGACACAGAAGGACAGUGACGAGGCAGAGAACUGCAAGAACCUUGUGGAUGCAUCUCAGUUCUUGGAUUCUAAACAAGGAUCAUUCCGAGACAUUGGUACUUCACCAGUUUCAGGAGAUUCUCAGAGGAUCAAAGAGACACAAACAAUUGUAAUAUUGAAGCCUGAGCCAACUGACUUGGUUAUUGGUUCAUCACCUGGAACACAUGCUACAUGCAACAAAGCCAAGAAUGGGAGAUCCGGGUCUAGCUUCAUUCUCAAUAGAAUCAGAAGAAGACUAAAAUCUUCUCCUAAGAAGAAUCCAUGCAAUGCUGAUGCAUUGUCUUCUGACAACUCUUGUAUGGGAGUGGAGAUAGAGAAUAGUUCCAGGCGGCAUGUUUCAGCUGAAGAGAUAUUGCCUGACAUUUCUUCAAAUAAUGAGGCUGAUAAAGAAGAUUCAAAGAAGAGUAUGUGUGGUAUAUACAUUGCAGCCAAGAAACAUCUAUCUGAAAUGCUUGCAGAAGGAGAUGCAGCAGAUGUUGAUUCACCUGAUAAAGAAGCACCAAGAAUCCUUGGGAAGAUUCUUGCUCUCCCUGCGUUCUCUACACCAGACAACAGUCCAAAAGUGACACUAGCGCAUGAGUUUGCUGGUCAUCGGAUAACCGAGAAACCAAAUAUUCAAGAAUGCAGCUCAGAAGAUUCAACCAAACAUGAGGAAACAGCUUCUACUUGUCCCGGAGCAGGCGUUUCAGACACUAGGGAUGAAGAGAAGACUGUCUUGGACUCGUUGUCUGAAGCAGUUAGCUCUUGCAUUGUACACCAAGAUGCAUAUGUUGAUGAAGAGAAGCUUGAAACUCAUGAUGAACAUGAGCAGACACAACCACUAGAAAAGGUUGUGUCUGAGUGCCAAGACAAUGCCACUGAUGUGCCAGGAAAGUCAAGUCCUGUGUCUGUUCUUGAGCCUUUCUUUACAGAUGAUGACACAAGUCCAAACUGCUCCAGGCUCUCUUCAGUCGAAAGUCGGUUGCAACCAAGGUGCAUACGCUUCAACGAGCCUGAUUCUCCAAGAUCAGAGAAAGACAAUGAAGUCAAAGAUAGAAUGGAUGACAAAGAAUUGGCACUUGCAUACAUCCAAGCAGUGGUCAAGUCCUCAGAGUUGAACUGGGAAGAGCUUUUGGUGAGAUCCUUUUAUUUGGAGCAGGUUCUUGAGGAAGCUCUAGUGGAUGACGUAGAGUUCUAUCCUACAAACUUCUGCACGGACAAGAAACUCCUCUUUGACUGUAUCAAUGAAGUUCUUAUGGAGUUUUGUGGACAUGAUGGCCCUUGGAUCUCACUCGCCAAACCUGCAGUCCGGUUUGGCCCAGACAUGGAAAACGUUGCUGAAGUGGUGCAAGAAGAGGUUUACUGGCAUCUCUUACCUUUGCCUUCUCCUCACACGUUGGACCAGAUAGUCAGGAAAGACCUGGCUAGGACUGGGAGCUGGAUGGACCUAGGUUUUGAUAUCGGCUGCAUCGGUUCUCAAACAGGUGAGAUAAUCCUUGAUGAACUAUUAGAAGAGAUCAUCAGCAGCAGCUGCACAGACUUGUUCCAGUCAACAGUUAGUACCAGAAAGUAAACUUGUGCUUUACAAGAAAGACAAUCAUGAUGGUCAAGAGGCUCCUUUUGUUUACUCUGUAUAGUUUGACUUCCACUUCCAUGGAUGGACAAGGUCUAGCUUCCCUUCUUGUGUAGAUACCCACAACCACAGCUUUUAGUACCCUAAAGACUGCAACAACGUUUCUUUUGUUUUUCUUUUCUAUUUUGGCUUUUGUAGAGUUUUGAGUUCUGUUGUGAAUGUUCUUUGUAUGUUGUUUGUUAUAUGAGGAUGAAUAAGACGAGGCUUGAGCUUAGAUAAGAGGAACAUCU